AUGAACUCUAAAAUCAAUCUACGACUGCUCGCCGCCCUGAUGCUGGCAGCGGCCCUGCCUCUCUGCGUCCUGGGAGCUCCUCUGGGAGACGCCGUCACCGACCUCCCUCCAGAAGAGAGCUCAGGUGAGGGAGAGAAGGAGGUCCAGACGAAGCCGUCCCCGACUGAUCCUUUCAACAUCACGGAGACCUUGGCGCAGAUUCUUAAAGUCACCAAAGGCCAUAAAGAAGAGUUCAAGAAUGAAUUCCGUGGAAACGUUGAUUACAACUCAUUGAACAGGACCUUAAUCCCGGUUAAAUUCCCAAAGUCCAAGGAGGCUCGCCUCCAGCAGCUGGCUCAGGAUCUGACGACGUACUCGGUUCUCCUGAAACACGUCGACAAGGAGUACCCCGGCAAAUCCAUCGUGACUGAACUGAAAGCGGCCCUUCCUCGGCUGAUCACAAAGAUCAAGCGAGCGAUGAGAACUGCUGACCAUGUUGUGGCUCUGACCAGCAGCCAGGAGCUGCAGCUGCUUAAGGAGCUCGAAAGCCUCGAUUCGUACCACAGGAAGAUGAUGGCGCACGGCGUCCUCAGCUCACUCCACGAUUUCCUGGUCGAGUGGAAAAGGGAGCUGACUAAAAGGCGGGUGCGAAAAACGCAGAUUAGUGAUCGCCACGAGACGGAAGCAGACUAG